UCUAGUUGCUGUCUUCUUUGAUUCCCCAAAAAUUUCCAAAAUGGCCCUUUUAAUUUCAUUCUUAAUUGGGAUACAGCUGUUUCAUGCAGUGUUUUCCGUUCCACUUCCUCUCUUCCUUUCCCCAUCAUGCAACUCUUUGGAGGUAAGGACUGCUGCAGAAGUGGCCCUCAACAAACUCAAUGCAAAUCGGAGAGAAGGCUACGUUCUUGGUCUCCAGCGCAUUUUUGAUGCCCAAGAAGUUACCGAGGGUGACGAGUCUGUUUUCAACCUUGUUUUGGAUGUGCUCGAAACCAAAUGCCAUGUCCGGAGCGGGAAAUCCUGGAAAGAGUGUGAGUUUAGAGAGCCACACAAUACAGUUUUUGGCUAUUGUGAAAUAAUACUUAGAUUCAACAGGAAAACAGAUGAUUCGUUCUUGCACAGAAGUGACUGCAUUUUACGCCCUCAUUCUGUAUUUGGUUGUCCUGACUGUCCACAGCGUAGAAACACUUCGGAAGACAGUUUUCAGGAAGCAGCCAGAGAGAGCCUGGCCAAAUUCAAUGCUGAAAAUAACCACAAACAUUAUUUUGCCGUUCUUGAUGUCACCAAAGCAAGUUCACAGUGGGUUUUUGGUCCUUCGUCCUUCGUAGAAUACACCAUCCAGGAGACUUCCUGUCCCAAAAGUACACCUGUGCCAGACAUCAAUCAAUGCUGUCUCCUCCCAACUGAAACUGCAGAGGCAGGCCUAUGCAAAGGGUCUGUGAGCAGCAGAUCGCUACAAUUUGAAAAAAUUGUCACUGUCGAAUGCGAUUUCUUCCCGCCUCCACCAUCAGUUAAAAAUGGACAGACUUCACAAUCCGUGUCCGAAAACCAAGAGCUACACCAUCCUCAUGUUACUGUCACAGAAACGCCACCAAAGCAGAAGGAAGCAGAAGUCCAGGUGAUCGAGUAUCAUUCUUUGAGCAACCAUGACGUGCCAAAAGUUAGCUCCACUUCGGCUUCUCCACAACAGGAAGUCAAGCCAACCAUUCCUCCUUACCCCAAGGGGCUUUCCGAAUCAGCUGAAUGCCCAGGAACGGUUGCAAAAGAGAUCUACGGCCUUCUUCUGCCUUUACGGCAACGGGCUGAAACUUCCCAGACGAAGAGUGAUGUAUCUGUAAUUGCUGUCUUCUUUGAUUCUGCAAAAAUUUCCAAAAUGGCUCUUUUAAUUUCAUUCUUAAUUGGGAUACAGCUGUUUCACGCAGUGGCUUCCGUUCCACUUCCUCAAUUUCUUCACCCAUCUUGCAACUCUUUGGAGGUAAAGACUGCUGCAGAACUGGCCCUCAACAAGCACAACGCAUAUAAGACAGAAGGCUACGUUCUUGGCCUGCAACGCAUUUCUGAUGCCGAGCAAGUAUCUGAGCAGGAUGGCGAUUCUGUUUUCUUCCUCAUUUUGGAUGUGCUAGAAACCAAAUGCCAUGUCUUGAGUAAGAAAUUGUGGAAAGAGUGCGAGUUUAGACGCCCACACGAGACAGUCUUUGGCCAAUGCAAAGUAAUAAUUAAAGUCAACAGGAAUUCAAAUGAUACGUUUUUAUACAGAAAUGACUGCAUUUUACGCCCCCAUUCUUCUCCUGUUUGCCCUGGCUGUCCAAUUCGUCAAAAUCCUUCUGAAGAGAGAUUUCAGGAAAUAGCAAAAGAAAGCCUGGCCAAAUUCAAUGCUGAAAAUGGCCACCAUCGUUACUUUGCCCUUGGAAAGGUCACCAAAGCAACUUCGCAGGUGGUUCAUGGUAUUUUGGACGCUAUAGAAUUCACCAUCCAGGAGACGUCCUGUCAUAAAAGUACACCUGUGUCUGACCUCACUCAGUGCACCCUCCUUCCAAGUGAGACUGCAGAGAAAGGCCUAUGCAAAGGCUCUGUGAUAGGCAGAGGGGAUGAAACUCCCAAAACUGUCACUGCAAAUUGUGAAAUAUUUCCACAUCGGUCCGGGUCUGAACACCAAGAGCUACACCAUCCUGACAUUAAUGCUACAGAAACGCCAUCAAAAGAGAAGGAAGCAGUGGUAGAAGUGAUUGAUCAUCCAUCAAGCACCCAUGACGUUCCAGAAGUUAGCCCCUCUUCUGCUUCUCCACAAAAGAAAGCCAAGUCAACCAUUCCUCCCUUCCCCAAAGGGUUUUCGCAAUCGGCUUCAUGCCCAGGUGAGGUUGCAAUAGAGAUCCCUGGUCUUCAACUACCUUCACCACCACAGGCUGAAACUUCCCCAAUAGAGAGUGAUGUACAGCAAUGAAAACUUUAUUCAGAGGAAACUUCCCACCCCUCUUCCGUCCAUCCGUCCGUCCAUCCAUCCAUCCGUCCCUCACUUACUCCCUUAUCACAAGAACAGCAACUAUUUUUCUGCUCAAGGAAAUAUUAAAAACAUUCAAUAAA